AUGACCGGUGCCAGGCCUGCCUCCUCCAGAACGCUUUCAGGAAUGGGAGCCCCAGGCCCUUCCGACCCCGGCAUGCCUGUGGGGAUGAGGCCGCCGUCGGCGAUCUCUCGCUGCUGCGCAGGCGGCGGGGCCAUGUUUUCAGCCACUCCUGGCGUUUGA